AUGACUUCAGGACCUUAUAAUUACUCUUAUAUUUUUAAAUAUAUAAUAAUUGGUGAUAUGGGAGUUGGGAAAUCUUGUCUUUUACAUCAGUUUACAGAUAAAAAAUUUAUGGCUGACUGCCCUCAUACUAUUGGUGUGGAGUUUGGUACUCGAAUCAUUGAAGUAGCAGGGCAAAAAAUUAAACUGCAAAUUUGGGAUACUGCUGGACAGGAAAGGUUUAGGGCCGUUACGCGUUCAUAUUAUAGAGGUGCAGCUGGUGCCUUAAUGGUGUAUGAUAUAACAAGAAGGUCCACUUAUAAUCAUUUAAGCAGCUGGCUUACAGACACCCGGAAUUUGACUAAUCCCAGCACUGUGAUAUUUUUAAUUGGUAAUAAAUCUGAUUUGGAUGGCCAGAGAGAUGUUACAUAUGAGGAAGCUAAACAGUUUGCUGAUGAAAAUGGGUUAAUGUUUGUUGAAGCAAGUGCUAAAACGGGCCAAAACGUGGAAGAAGCAUUUCUUGAGACAGCAAAGAAAAUAUAUCAAAGCAUUCAGGACGGUAGGCUUGACUUGAAUGCAGCAGAAUCUGGUGUUCAGCACAAGCCGGCGUCGCCAGGCCGCCCGCUGGCCGCGCCGCCAGCCUCUCGUGACAACUGCACUUGCUAA